AUGUCGACGCCAUUGGGAGUGAGGAGUUGUGAUGAGACUCUCAAAGCCGUGACUGCAAACGCAGAUGAAAUAUCACCGGCCACCACAGUUCGACCAUCAACGGCCGUGAAGUACUGUCAACCGUACUUUGAAGAUGUCACGGAUGAUGACGGAAUCACCCUAAAGUACCGUCAACCGUACUUUGAAGAUGUCACGGAUGAUGACGAAAUCUCCCCAGUACCGUUGGAGGACGGCGGAGCGUCAGCUUCAGAACAAGAGCUCGUGUCGCUGAACCAAGAGGCGGUACCUCAUCCCCCAGAUGAAGAUUCACCCAGUGGCCAAGCAACCGGCCUAUAUGAAUCAGAAUACCAGCAACCGCCUGCAUCAACAACUUACGUUGAAUUCUACCAGAAGCCGCCUGCAUCAACAGCUUGCAGUGAAUUCGGGGGUUCCAUUGGUGAAUCUGAUGAAUCCAUUACUGACUCUGAGGAGUCGGAACUGGAACGCACCAAACCAGAGAGGAACAAAAACCUGACACGAGAAUGCAGGAUAUGCUCGGACGAUGUCAACACCUCUCAGGCACGGCGGCUUGAAUGCGGCCACUACUAUUGCAAGCCAUGCCUUGAGCGGUCUUUCACUAUCGGCUCGCAGAUUCAUGAAGUGGUGGCUUGCAAGAUACGUGAAUUGCCCGGCGGCCGGAGUGUAUUGUCCGUCAUGGGCAUGCGGGACAUGGAUUGA